GCGUACGCGCGCGCCGUAUUUCCGCCUUUGGAGAAGACGCGCUCGGUCACACGGUUAAAGUUCUUCCAGCGUGUCCGCCUCUCACGUCUCCACGGCGGCCGAACCCACGCUACCUCGGCCGCCAUGCUGACGCGGGUGAAGUCUGCCGUGGCCACCUUCGUUGAAGGAGUGAUGCCCGGAGGCGGCGGCGGCGGCGGUGGCGUCGACCUUCCCGGUGCCCCGGAAAAAUUCCCGUACAGCAGACCGGAGUUCCUGGGUCUGUCCCCGGACGAAGUGGAGUGUUCAGCGGAUCAUUGUGUCAGACCCAUCGUCAUCAUGAAGGAGAGUAAGAGGCUGCCCUGGUUCACUGGAUAUGCUGAGGUGAUCAAUGCGGGGAAGAGCACUCUAAAUGAGGACCAGGCCUGCUGCGAGGUGCUGGCAGUGAAGAGAAGACCUCCGGGCAGCUCCCCAGCGUCCAGCUGGGGCAACGUGGCCCGCAGGAGGUCCUCGCUGCCGAACGGAGAGGGUCUGGGCCUCAGGGAGGAGCUGGCCAACACCGACAACCUGACUUUCCACUACUGGGCGCUGUUCGACGGUCACGCCGGUUGCGGCGCGGCCGUGGUGGCGUCCCGCCUUCUCCAUCACCACAUCGCCCUGCACCUUCAGGAGGUCAUGGACAUCCUGUGCACACCCGACUUGCAGCCUCCCACCUGCCUGGGCGAGGAGCACGCCCGCACCUACCUCAACCCCACAUCCCAGCGAGCCCUCACCAGGGCCGUGUCUCUACGAGGAGCAGCGGGGGCACCGGACUCACCCAGGGUUCCGCCCACGCGCUUCUUUGCCGAGAAGAAAGUGACGCAAGAAAGCCUGGUGGUCGGCGCCAUCGAGAAUGCAUUCAAGGACAUGGAUGUCCAAAUUGAGAAGGAGCGGGCCGUCUACAACAUCUCGGGAGGCUGCACAGCUCUGGUGGUCGUCUACGUGCUCGGUAAAAUCUACGUGGGCAACGCUGGCGACAGCAGAGCCGUCAUCAUCCGGGGAGGGGAAGUCAUCCCCAUGUCCAGAGAGUUCACGCCCGAGUCAGAGAGGCAGCGACUGCAGUUCCUGGCCUUCAUGCAGCCUCACCUGCUCGGGAAAGAGUUCACGCACCUGGAGUUCCCGAGGAGAGUGCAGAGGAAGGAGGUGGGGAAGAGGAUGCUGUACCGCGACUUCACCAUGUCGGGAUGGGCCUAUAAAACCAUCCAGGAUGACGACCUGAAGUUUCCCCUCAUUUACGGCGAAGGGAAAAAGGCCCGUGUGUUAGCGACCAUCGGGGUCACCAGGGGUCUUGGCGACCACAGCCUCAGAGUCUACGACUCCAACAUCUUCAUCAAGCCUUUCCUCUCCUGCUGUCCAGAGGUCCAAGUGUACCCGCUGACGCAGUACCAACACGGCGCGGACGACGUCCUGGUCCUAGGGACCGACGGUCUGUGGGACGUCCUCUCCAACCAGGAUGUGGCCGAGUCCGUCACCUGCUUCCUGGCCAACUGCGACCCCGACGAUCCAAACAGGUACACGAUGGCCGCCCAGGAGCUGGUCAUGAGAGCUCGUGGCAUGCUCAGGGAUCGAGGCUGGAGGAUCUCCAGCGACAGGUUGGGCUCCGGAGACGACAUUUCGGUCUACGUUAUCCCGCUCAUGCAUGGAAAUAUGCUCGACUAAGACAUAAACUUGACCCUAAACGUCCUCAUCCCUUCUUGUUCCAUCGAAAAAUAAUUGGAAUUGACAAUUGGACCUUUCUAACAAACGAAAAACUGCUGUGUCGGGUAUUUCUCUACUAAUACACCCUUAAAAUACACUGCUGGUUUUGCAGUUACACAAAGGUGUCGCUGAGUGUGAAGACCAAGUAGUCAUGUGAUGCCAGCAGUUUGUAUCUACCAGAAAUUCUGUGUCAAAUGUUUGGAUACAUUUUGGAGGAGAAUAGGGGUGUAAAGGUACACAAAAAUUUCGGUUUGGUGCGUACCUCGGUUCAGAGGUCACGGUUCGGUUCAUUUUCUGUACAGUAAAAAAAAAAAAAGAUACAUUUGUUGAUUAUUUAUUUAACAAAUUUGCAAAAUCUUCCUCCAAAAAUAUUUUUCUUACUGGAAUAUUUGAUUUAAUCGGAAACUUGGAUAGGUCAUUAAUUCAUAAAAACAUUGAUUUUGAUUCAAUAUUAUGUUUUGAGCAAUGAAAGUUUGAAAGGAAAAAAAACAGCUUUGUUUUAUUAGUCAACGUUGCAACUUUUUCUAAAUUACAUUUAGCCUUUAAGCUUUUUUAUUUCACUUUUGUUAAUGUUUUUGUUUAUUUCAAUAGUAUUUUUAGAACGUGCCGUGGGCUUUUAAAACAUUACCUGUGUGCCGCAAAUGGCCCUCGGGGCACACUUUUGACAUCCCUGCUACAGAUAAUAAAAAAUUAAAUCUCAUUAAUCAAUGGAUAAAAAGCAGAGCCUGGCUACGCAUGCGCAUUUAUCAUAACUCGCUCGCUCUCUGUCUCUGCCCCGCCCUCACAAAUGUUAACGCUGCGUGCAGCACAUUUUUUUUUGUUUUUAACCCCUUCUUAACACUGAACGUACAUUGAAAAUAUGCGCAACCAUAACUCAAAAUGCCGGACAUUCGAGGCAUUUAAGAAAAUCCACCUGGACAGCUACGCAAAGAGGACAUAUCCGGUGAAAAGAGGACGUAUGGUCAGUCUACCAUAGCCCAGUCGUUGCUAGCAUGCCGUGUGUUGUUGUUUUUUUGAUUGAUUGAAACUUUUAGUAGAUUGCACAGUACAGUACAUAUUCUGUAAAAUUGACCACUAAAUGGUAACACCUCAAUAAGUUUUCCAACUUGUUUAAGUCGGGAUCCACGUAAAUCAAUUCAUGGUGCCUCGGUGUGCAUUGUUUACACAACGUGCGGUGCGCUACUUAUAUGUCCGUGUCGUUCGGUACACCUCCGAACCGAACCCCCCGUACCGAAACUGUUCAAUACAAAUACACGUACCGUUACACCCCUAGAGGAGAACAUGGAGAAAUAUUUGAGAGUAACAAUCAUACUUCCUUGACAACCUUACAUUCUUGCCAUAAUCUCCCAGCAGGUGUUUCUUAUUGAAACUGUAGGAAGCCAUAUUGCACCUUGGAGGACUAUAUUUAGUACUAAUACUUGUAGCAAUGUGAAUACAUUAAGGUUUUAUUUAAUAUUUGUAUUGUUUACCUGAAUAUUGUGAACCAAAAUAGAUGGCACUUACUGUUAAAAAAAAUAUCAUUAAUUGAAAGUAGACCCGACUAUCUUGCUGUUCUGUAUACUCUACAUCUGUAAUACCACCGUUUUGGCCACUGUGUCGAAGUGGCGCUGUUCUAAAACCUACUUUUGUACCUCAUGUUUCUUUGUAUUAAAAUUAAUGAUUAAAUAAUAAUGGGACAACUGUCACAUAAUUAUGUUCCUUUUUUAAUUAUGUAAGUAUUUGCGUAACAUUUUUAAUUUUAUGUAAAUGAAGGUGUCAGUUGUUAGUGAAUGUGGAAUUUUGUAGGACGGAAACCUUUCCAACCAUGAUUAAAAAAAUAUUUUUUUGUGUGGA